AUGGGGAUCUGUACGAGUAAAGAGGAGGAGGUGCCAACAGAAGCAUCGAUGGCUAUCGACCGGGGAAUUGAGGAGCAUUCGAAACGGUUGAAGAAGGAAUGCAAGAUUUUGCUGCUCGGUGGUGGUGAAUCCGGGAAGUCAACAAUCGUCAAGCAAAUGAAGAUCAUCCAUCAGGAUGGGUAUACGCGGGACGAACUGAUGACCUUCCAAGGGCCAAUCUUCAAAAAUGUGCUCGAUAGCAUACAGGCCCUGGUUGCCGCAAUAUCCACGUUCGAACUGAAGUACGAGUCGCCCGAAGUACAGGCGAUGGCAGAUAAAGUCGCUGCCCUUGGAAGUGACUACAAACUGGAUUCGGAAAUUGCGGAUGCAAUCUUCGCGAUAGCCAGAGAUCCUGCAGCAGUAACGGCACUGGAAAGGUCGAACGAAUUUUACAUCAUAGAUUCCGCAUCGUACUUCUUUGCGGAAGUGAAGCGAAUAGGGGCAGAGGACUACUGCCCAACGGAACAGGAUGUUCUUCGAGCCCGUGUCAAGACCACAGGUAUUACGGAGACACGCUUCAACAUGGGGCAGUUAUCAAUACACAUGUUCGAUGUGGGCGGGCAGCGAUCAGAGAGACGGAAGUGGAUUCACUGCUUCGAGGCCGUGACAUCGAUCAUCUUUUGUGUCGCGCUGUCAGAGUAUGAUCAAGUGCUGCUUGAAGAAUCACAGCAGAAUCGAAUGGCGGAGAGCUUGAUCCUCUUCGAAUCCGUAAUAAAUAGUCGAUGGUUCUUAAGAACAUCUAUCAUCUUGUUCUUGAACAAGAUCGACUUGUUCAAGAUCAAACUCGCCAGAAAUCCAUUAGAGAAGUACUUUCCUGAGUACAAAGGCGGCCCGGAUGUGAACAAGGCGGCCAAAUUUAUUUUAUGGAGGUUCACUCAAACAAAUCGGGCAAGGCUGAAUAUUUAUCCUCAUCUGACGCAAGCCACUGACACUUCCAACAUCCGGCUCGUUUUCGCGGCCGUGAAAGUGACGAUAUUACAAAAUGCGCUGAAGGAUUCGGGCAUCAUGUGA